AUGGCGUGGCCCGUUUCCAUGGAGACGUCUGUGAUGCAGCCCUGGCUCCCAGGACCACAGGGGUGGGGCUUCCGAAGCCGGUCCUGCCGGGGCCUGAGCCGGGCGGCGGGUCCUCACGUGUGCCCAGCUCCCCCAGAGGCCCAGAGGCCAUCCACCCAAGGCGUCCCUCUGCUGGUGGCCGCGGUCUUUGCACCCACCCCGAGGAUGCUGCCGGUGGGCCCGGUGGGCAGCGUCCCGCUCGAGAAGUGCGGUCUGGGGCCAGACCCGGUGGGGAGGGGCAUGCCGCUCCUGCGCCGCGUGCCUGGCCGCGACAGCCACACGCCGGAGUGGAAGGCUGGCCACAGGCAGCGCAACCUCCGCAAGGCGGCUCAGGCCAUCGGCCGCUUCUGCAGGAAGACGGACGCCCACAAGCAGGACGCCCACAAGCAGGACGCCAGCCCCAAGGACACCAGCUUCUCGGCCAAACUGGAGGAGCUGAGAAAGGUGUUCCUCACGCGGCCUGACUGCCCUCGCUUCAGCACCAGGGCCACGUCCGUGUGUCAGUGCGGGUCAGCCAUCUCCGACAAGCUACCUGAGGAGCUGCACGCGGCGCUCGCUUCCUGGGAGGUGUCCCGGGACCCGUUCUCCAGCCAGCGUGUGGACGGGUGCCCCCUUCCCCUUAGUAAGAGCGCCUGUGAGUUCAGCUCCUUGUGGAGGAAAAGCGACUCGGGGCCGGUGAGCCCUGCCCUCAGCAGCCCAGUCCUGGCACGGAGCCCGCUGAGAAAGCGCGUUCCCUGGUACGUCUCCAUCAUCCACGAGAAGGAUCACCGCCUGCUCACGCUGGGGGAGGAGGUGCAGCGCCUGUCCCGGCUGGAGCUCCUGCUGCGGGAGAGAGACGAGGAGGUCUUGGCCCUCCAGGAGGAGAGGGAGGCCUUGAGGAAGCAGCUGAAAUGCCUCUGCCAAAGCAAAGGCCCAGAGAUACUGUUCUCCAACCUCAGGGAAGACAAGAAACAUGAGGAGAUGAUGGGCCUCAUUGAGAAGGACAACUUUCUCCUCCGCCAGCAAGUGGAGGAGCUGCAGGGCACGCUAGCCAAGCAGGAGCACGCCGUCUCGGAGUUGGAAGCCAAGGUCAGGCAGCUGCAGGAGCAGGCGAGCCAGAGGGAGGACCGGCUGCAGAGGCAGAAGCUGCUGCAGGAGGAGAUGGGGAACAGGAGCGAGCUGGCGCAGGAGGCCGAGCUGCAGGCCCGCGUGGCCCUGGAGAGCACGCAGUCCCGGCUUGAAGGACUAAGAAACAAGAUCAUCCAGGCCACCUUCAGCGCCUCCGGGGUCCAGUCCUCCGCCGCCGAGAUCUCGGACAACGACAUUCUGGAGGCCCUACAGAGGCUCAUCUCUGAGCGAGUAGAUUACUACAAUCAGCUGAAACAGAAGGGUGUCCGAAUGCCUCCCCUGAACCAGCUGGAAGCCUCGUCCUCCCUGAGCAAGACCAAGAAGACAACCCCCAAGUAGACCCACCGCGGCCCCCCGAGACACUGGGACCCAGCUCGCCGGGCCACCCCUGUGGGGCCCCGUCUUUUUGCUUUAGAAUUAAACCCUGUCCUUGGCCACA